CUGAACCAAACUCAACGCCGGCUGCUUUUGUUUUUAAAAGUUUUUAAAAAGAAGUGAUAUUAAUAAAUAAUUUUUAGCAGUAUAAAGCCUUGCCAUGUCACAAGCGACGGUGCCGGAAAACCUAAAUACCCGCCUGCUGACGGUGCUCAGUUUGCCGCUUAUGGACCGGCUGCACGAGUUGACCAUUCUGUUCGAUCGCUGCUCCGUGCGACAGAUCCAGGAGGUAUUCCCGCACAUCGUGCACUCCGUCUUCGGGAUCAAUGGCAAUCCCCUGGGCUGGGGACUGCGCACGACGACGCAGGAGAACAGUGCGAUGCACUUCCAGGCCCUGAGCCACUUUUUCGGCGUCUGCGGUCCUUGGAUGCACCUCUGCCACCGCCUGCUGGCCGACCAGUACAAGUUCGAGGUGGACAUUAACCUGCUGCCGGCCAAGUUCGUUGCCAUGCUGCAGUCUGGUCAGAAUUCCAUGUUCUAUGCAGAUCUGAUCAACAUUGACCCGUUGCGGCACCAGGUGGCCACGCUUUGGCUGAAUGCCUUCGACUUUUACGUAAUCCACUUUGUCCUGCACGCCCUGCAGCCGCUGCACUCCAUAAAUCCCAUUGCCAUGCAGAUCCACAACGUGCGCUGCAAGACCAUCUACCUAAAGCUGGUGGCCGAGUACCUCAGCAACUUUCUGCCCCUGGUUCCGGAUGCUCGCAUCGAGCCCGUGCACUUUAGCAGCGGAGUAAAGGCACCGCAGCCGCUGCCCACCCAGACCUUGCAGCCGCAGAGGCAGCCGCGAUAUAUCAGGAUCCCCAGCUCAUAUCGCAACGGGGGAAACGUAUCUGGUGGAGGUGCGAGUCCCAAUACCAGUGGUGGCAGCGGUAACACCUCGCCCCAGUCGUCCAGUGCUAAUGCCAGCUCUGCUCGAGCCUACGCCUGGCGGUCCGAGUCGGUGCUACAUUUCUUUGUGGAUAUCUGGAUGCGAUACGAUAUUGAGUCGGAGCAUCAUCUGCCCAGCAGCGAUUUUGUGCGUGGCGUCCGCCUCCUAGUCAAACAGAUCCACUUCUUCGCCAAUGGGGCACAGUUAGAUCAUAGUUCGCUCUGCUCGCUGCGCAAGGUGUCGCUUAGCAUGGUUAAAGCUAGGAUAUUAGCCUUCCUGUGCGGUUUGAUUGAACGCUGGCCCCUGGAUAGCUCUUUGAUGGUGGUGCUGGAACUCUGGCUGAGCUACAUUCAACCUUGGAGGUACACCAUGUCGGCCCUGGACCACAAAAUGGCGGGUAGCCUCUCGUACAGGCCGCCUAUAUCCUCCCACUUUGAUAGUUUCAUUAUUGACAACCUGAUUAUGUACACGCACAUCUUCUCCAUAUUGUUGCCACACUUUGAGCGUUUGGAUUUUACGGUCUAUCGUAAUGCAUUCAUGCUGUACCGCCUGGCAACCAUGUUUGCUCAACAUGAUCUUGUAGAGCGACUGCAGCGUUACGAGCGCCAGUAUGCCGGCAAUGCCUACGGUUUUGACUCGCCACAGCGACAAGUCCAUAUGUUGAAUAAAUCCCACUCACCCGGCGCCCAAUGGAAUAGCGUGGUCCCUACCUCCAAUACGACCAAGCUGUUCAGUCAGCCCAUGCAAAUGCAAAUACAGAAAUUCCUGUACGAGAUCAGCAUGGCCCGCAACUCAGUGCUGCGAGAGAUUGCUGGCCUGCGAAAUGCGAUUGCAGAAAGGCAGCGCUCGGAUGGUUUCCUCAAGAACUUUUUCAACAAGCUUUUCCGCGAGGUUAGCCAGGACGAGGUGACAUUGCGCGAGUUCAGUCGCAUUCCGGAGGUGCUGCGCCAGUGCAUCGACGCCUUCUGCCGCACCUUCAAUGUGGAUCAGGCCAACCUGUCUAUGCAUGAGACCCUGCCAGUGGAACCUUGCCCGCCCGCCUCUGCCACACUGCAAAACUUUAGUUUCUUUGACACUAGCAAUUCGCUGGACACGUCCAAGCUGAACCCACAUCAAAUGUCUCUCAAUGCUUCAAAUAUGCAGGCCAUUGUCGAUCCCGCCUUGCUGCCAAUCCGAACGAAUGAGCUCAGGCCUCUGGUGCGGGUACUGCACCUCAUCUCUGACAGCAUCAACAAGAGGUACGGAAAUCAGAUGAAAGCCUUUUACGUGCGCAAUGAUUACUGUGGAAAGGUGGCGAGGCAGCUUCUGUACGCCCCCAUGACGGAGCAGUGGUUCGACAAGAGCACCGGAAACGUGGAUAUGCGAGAGAAGCUGGUUCCCCCGAGGCUUUGCCUGCGGCCGCUGGGCUCGAUACCUGUACUUGCGACCAUCUUCUGCGCCGUAAUCCUUGGCAAGUUGCUCUGGGGCUCCUCUGUUACUGGAGUGAUAGUUCUCUGCUCCAUGCUACUGGUUUAUGUCUUGUUACUAGCUCUGAUUUCUUAAUUUGCUCGCCUUAUUAUAAUUUCUUCGCUUUGUGUUUAGUUGUGACAUUUAUAUAUUUUGUAUAAAACUAAAGAAACUACUA